GCCUUGCUUGAGUUUAUUCUCACCAUGGAAGGAGGCAAGAAAACAAAAGGCAGGCAAAAGAUUCCAAUAAAAAAGAUUGAGAACGCUAACGAACGUCAAGUGACGUUUUGUAAACGAAAAUCUGGCGUUAUCAAAAAAGCCAGUGAAAUGUCGACCCUCACUGGUGCACAUGUUGGUUUAGUGAUAUUCUCCGAGGCCGGGAAACCAUACUCUUUCGGCAGUCCCUCUAUUGAAUCUGUAGCCGGCCGAUUCUUGCCGGAGCUACAAAACCAAAACCAAAUUAGUGAUGAUGCCCGUGCUGUACUUGAGGCUAAUCGCCAGGCAAGAGUCGAUGGUAUCCUCAGGAUACACAACGACUUAGAAAGCAAGCUGAAAGAAGACAGAGAUCGAGCAAAGGAGCUUCGGAAAAGAGAAAGGGCAAGAACAAGCAAAGAUCAGGGCGGACCUGGCUGGUGGGAGAAACCUAUGGAGGGGCUUGAGUUGGCGGAACUCAAACAGAUGCAUUCUUCCUAUGAACGUCUCCAGAAUGAUCUAUCCUCCUAUCUCAAAAGCACCGCCUCUGCUGGUGGCUCCUCAUCAUCUGCCGGCGCAACCGGUAUCCCUCCUGGUACAUUGCCUGCACGCUUCGGAUUGGAGUAGUGGCGGUCAUUAGGUACCUUGGGUAAG